ACUCAAACACAAAUACCAUGUAUCUAACCACUUAGCUAUAAAAUCGGAUAAACAUAAACACAGCUCUGGAAUCUCAAGAGUUUUACGAUAGAGAAAAAAAUCGCGGCUAACGGGUACGCGUGUUAAUAUAUAAUCUCAAUAAUAAAUACUCGUAAUUAGAUUUCCAAUUUUCAUAAAUAAAUCUUUCGGUUUCCGAUUUUCAUAAAUAUUUUUUAUCAAUUACUUUGUUUUUUCUUUCCGAAAAUCUCUCUUCCAAAAAAAAAUUAUUCAAAAACCCUUUAAAUUCUUGAAAUUAGGUUUAGCUAGAAUUUCAGCGGCUUACUGGUACGCUUUCUUUUGAUUUUUGUCGACUGCUUCUUCUCCAAUGCCGCUACCUAAGAAGAUCGCAGAAGAGAUCAUGGCUUCUUCCGUUGUAAUUAAGGUGAAAUAUGAGGAUACACUCAGGCGUUUCAAUGUUCCAGUUAAUGGUCAGCGCUUAGAUCUAAACAUGGAAGGUCUGAGGCUGAAGAUUUGCUCUCUCUUCAACUUGCCAUCGGAUGCAAAUUUUACCUUGACAUAUCUAGAUGAAGACGAUGACUUGGUCACCCUUGUUGAUGAUGAAGAUCUGCAUGAUGUUGUGAGGCAGGAUCUGGAUCCAGUUAGGAUCACUGUUAACCUGAAAACAGACAAGACUGUUCAACCUUGUGCUACAAAAAAUGAAAGCUCAAUGCCUAGAGGAUCUUCUUCGUCUUCUACACAACACAAUGGCAAUCAAAAUGUCGCUGAAGUCUUGAAAUCUGUUCCGGAGCCUCUGCGUGAUGCUUUUACAAAGAUAUCUACUGAAUUGUCAUCAAAAGCUACUUCUCCUAUACUUGCUGAUCUCUUGGAUGGUUUUUCGAAAAUGGGGCAGCAAUACCUGAACGUAUCUCCUCCUGAUUGUGGUAUUACUAAUGUCAGCAGUCAUGCAAAAAACUGUUACGACCCCAAUCGAAACGGUCUAAGUAGAAAGGAUGAUGCAUCUAUUGGUGAAAGGGUAAAACUUAAUGAUUCUCAAACACCUAGUUCUGUGCAGCCGACUCUUAGAAGCACCACUGAAGCUACGGGAGAAGCAGAACCCCCUAGACCUUUCCUACCUUCACCAUUUUCCCACAAAGGCAAGAAUGCAAUCUCUCAACCUUCAUCUCUCAGAUUGUCGACUAGUGAAGGUAAAAAGAACAAGGAAGUUGCAGAAAACUCUGCUGCGAAGUCUGUUAUGAAUGUGCACAAGAUCAACUGUUCCAAAGGUAGCAUGAAAAAGCGUGUUUCCUCUGAUAAGGAAACAAGUAGAUACGAAUCUUAUGAGGGCUUAAAUAUUUGGCAUAGCCCCCCUUUCAGGUCCAAUUUUCACUCAAGCGCAUUUGGAAAUUCGCUCUGGGGUGAGCCAGGGAAUUUUAGUCCUCCUUCGGUUCACGAUAAUUUUAAUAAAAUUGAUGCUAUGGGCUCCAUUUUUCACAAAGGAGUCCGCUGUGAUGGCUGUGGGAUUCUUCCGAUCACUGGACCAAGGUUCAAGUCUAAAGUAAAAUAUGAUUAUGAUUUAUGCAGCAUCUGCUUUGGACGAAUGGGGAAUGAUCUAGAUUACUGUAGACUUGAUUUCCCUUUGCCUUACAAGCAUCCAUCGGCCUUAAAGAAUUAUUAUGAUCCUAAACGUAAAUUACCACUGGUCCCUCUAGUGCAUCCCCCUUGGGCAAUUAGGAAAUCGAUAGGAAAGCAUUCUCGCUCUAGACUUGACAGUCGCUUCAUUAUGGAUGUCAAUAUUAUGGAUGGGACAACGAUGGCCCCGUCGACGCCUUUUACCAAGAUAUGGCUGAUGCGUAACGAUGGCGCACUUCCAUGGCAUAAUGGACUACAACUUCUCUGGAUCGGGGGAGAUCGGUUUAGUGCCUCUGAUUCAGUAAAGAUUGAGCUACCUAUCAAUGGUGUGGAUGUUGGCAAUGAAAUCAACAUAGCAGUUGAUUUCGUUGCGCCGGAAUUGCCUGGUCGAUAUGUUUCCUAUUGGAGAAUGGCAGAGCUGUCUGGGCAAAAGUUUGGACAACGUGUGUGGGUUGAAAUACAGGUUGAUGCUUCUGCGGACUUGACCAGUGAAGGAUCCCCUGGCCCUGAUUUGAACUUGAACCUCCCUCCUCAGACUACUGGAGCGUUGGGCCCACAGGCUCUAGAUGUAAACAAUGAACCUGCUGUGAACUUUGAAGAUAAGUCUCCAUCAAUGGUUGAGCAGAGACGUAAUAUUGAAAUUGAAGACUUGAAUUUUCCAAUCAAUAAUGAUUUACUGGUUGCUAGUGAUGUGCUGUGCCCUACUGCUACUGCAGCUUCAUCAUCAGAAUGGCCUUCUAUUGAAACUGCUGAUAGUGUGUUUCGUGAGGCAUUACCUGUUCCAAAUUCUGAUACCGCAGCCACUGACAACCAUGAAUCACCGUCUGCUCCUUCAGCAACUUUAUACCCUAUCAUUGAUAUGUCUGAGGGGUCUUCUUCUGCCCAGAAUGACAAGAGCAACCUUGAGCAAGAUUGGGAGAAAGAAGGUGUUGAAGAGACCCUGCUGAAGGAAUUGGAGAAGAUGGGAUUUAAGCAAAUUGACUCGAAUAAAGAGGUUCUUCGUGUAAAUGAGUAUGACCUGGAGCGGUCUGUGGAUGAUCUCUGCGGUGUUUCUGAAUGGGAUCCUAUGCUCGAGGAGUUGAAAGAGAUGGGUUUUGAAGAUAAAGAUACUAACAGGAAGCUACUGGCUAAGAACAAUGGAAGUAUUACGCGCGUGGUCAUGGACCUGAUAGCUGGGGAGGAACAGUAGUAUAUUAACAUACCUAUCUAUCUUUUGGGCCAAUUGUUAUUAAUAAUGGCUUUGUUUGUGAACUUCUUUAAUGUUUAAAUUUUUAUGACUUUGCCGAUACCGUGCUGUGUUGAUUUGGGAUCUUUAUGUUUGGAACGCUUGCUGUGAUAUGGCAGUAUAUAUAUGAUAAAUAUUAUAAAUGAUGCUUCUGUUUGAACGCCCUUUUUACUCA